AUGGGUGCCAGCGAGUCCAAGGUGUCCCAAUCGCACACCUUCAAGGCCCGUCUUAUCGAAGCCCAGAUUCAGGCCCGCGUAGCCAAGGAGCUCAAGGCCCUCGAGAAGAAGCAAGACGAGGCCCUGGCCGCGGCGCGCGAGAAGCUCGCCUCCAUCUCCGAAACCGACAGCAACAAUAGCGGCGAGAUGACCGGCAGCGUCGUGGGUAAGCAGCUCGACCAGCUGCGCGCCCAGCUCGAGGCUCGCAAGCAGAUCCGCGACCUGCCCAAGGAAGUUGAGGGCGCCAGGGGGGAGAUGGUGCGGUGCCUAACGGAGAAUGACCGCCGUCCGCUCGACUGCUACAACGAGGUGGAGAAGUUCAAGGCCGAGGUUAGGAAGAUGGAGAGGGAGUGGGUGAACAAGGUGACGGCGUGA